AUGAACACCAGUUUAGGUAUUGGUGGUGUUGGUGAUGGUGAUGGUCCUCCUCUUGUAUUGAGUCUUCCACCAGUUCCACAAUUGGUUAUAUUAGGUAUUAUAUUUGUAGCUUCAGUUAUUCUUAAUUGCGUAUCAAUAAUAAGUAUUGUUGGUGCCCGAGCAAUAACACCAAUAAAUCUGUUAAUUAUUAAUUUGGCUGUCAGUGACAUUGUUUAUUCAUUGACCAUUCCGAUAUUUGCGGUACAUAUCGUUAUUCCAUGGUGGCCAUUUGGUCGCGUUGGUUGUCAAUUAGCUAUUGCUAUUGAUAUUAUUGCUAUGAUUGUUGGUGUUUAUACAAUAACAGCAUUAAGUGUUGAACGCUAUAUGGAUGUACGUGAAAGAUCUCGUCGUUAUAAUGAUCAAGUGAAAAUAAUAUUUGUAUUAUCAUUUAUAAUAUUAUUAUGGUUAUUUGCAAUAUUAUUUCCAUUACCAAUGUCAUCAUCAUUAUUUGUUCAUAAUCGAACACGAGCAGCAUUAGUAUCUGGUGUAAGUGAAUGUAAAUCACGUUGGACACCAGGUGAAUUAUCUCGCUAUGUUCAAUUAAAAUUUGCUUGUGCAUUUUUACUUCCAUCAUUAAUAACAUGUACAUUUUCAUUUCGUUUAAUUUUAUUUCUUCAUCGUUGGUCAAUUAGAUCACGACGUCUAUCAUUAUCACAAAAUUCUUUAAAUAAUUAUAAAAGACGUGCAACAACACUUGUUUUAUUAAUAAUAAUAUCAUUUUUUGUUCUUUGGUCACCAUUAUGGAUACUUCAACUUUAUGAUACAUUUAAUAAACGAGGACCAACACCUUAUAUACAAAUAUUAAAUUUUUUAACACUUGUUUUUGUUUAUGCAAAUGGUUUAUUAAAUCCAUUACUUUAUUUAAUAUUAACACAAAAUUUUCGUGAUUAUAUUAAAAGAAAUAAAUGGUCACCAUGGAUAUAUAGAAAACGAUCAAAAACUAAUCAUCAAACAUUUAUUUAUAGAACAAAACCAAUUAUUAAUCAUAAUCAAAAUCAAGAUCCACCAACUAGUUUUAUUAUUAAUAAUGAUGAUGAUCAACAUGCUUUUGUACCAAAUGAUCCAAGUUCAACAGCUAUUUGA